UCGAGUAUUGCUCGCGGUAAUUUUGAAAGACAGGAACCAUCUUUCUACAUAUACGCGUAUUCUUGACCUUGACCAAAUGACUGUAUCAAGACUCUGUUUUAAUAGCCAUAGACGCUUUUGGCAGUGGCUAAAUAUUGUGUGGAAUAGAGUUGAUGAUGAACGAAUUGCGAGGGUUGGUCCUGAUAGAGCUUGUGCAGAAUGGUUAAUGCGUAAUGGAGCCUUUAUUAAAUGGACUAAUGAGCGUGAAUUCCUUAAAGAUUAUAAUGCAUUGCCUCCAGAGGGAGAUGUUAGGUAUAUUCAGGCAGUAGAUGCUACAGAUUCAUCGAUUAUGCAUUAUGGUUUUGGAUACUUCAAGGGCUGUACACAUAUAACACACGUACAGUUCCAUCGUUGCUUGUAUUUAAAGGACGAAGCUCUUGAAAAGCUUUCAUAUCUGAAGGAUUCACUCCAACGUCUGCAAAUAAUCAGUUGUGGGAACAUAACUGAUAAAGGUGUGAAGUCCCUUCAUACAUUAAGUAAACUCACAUCCUUACAUAUAUAUGAUCUGAUAUAUCUGAAGAAUAAAGAAGAAUGUUUGUCUGUCUUACAGUCACAUUUACCAAGCUGUGAUAUUGAGAUUCUUGACAGAGUCCCAAGACAUCAACAUGGACAGCCAGAGCAUUCACAGAAAUAGCUGCAAUGGGAUAGGUGUGGUUAUAUUCACUUGAAAGUAUUAUGUUUAUUCCUAAAGUUGUGAUCUUGGUACUGUUAUGUAAUCUGACUGUUGCACAUUAGUAACCAAAUUUCAUUAGUUUU